AAAAUCACUUACACACAAAAAUAUUAUAAUUUAUAAUUGACAACGCAAAAUUGUAAUAAAAACAAUGUUUUUGUGUCCAUACAUGCGAACAUAAUCCUCUUACAGAUAUAUAUAUAUAUAUAUAUUAACAUAUAUAUUAUAAAUUUAAAAACUAAUAUGAUAAAUUAAUUUUUAUAUUCUUUUUCAUUUUUGGUUUUUUUACUUUUUUUUAGUUAAUUUUUUUUCUUUUAAACAUCAACGUAAUCUAUAAAACUAUGAAAUGUAACCAUUAGCAAAUAUUUCAGGUAAUAAAAUAAUAUAAAAAUGAAUUUUUAUCUCUUUUAAUCCUCUUUAUCUCGUUAAACAAGUAACAUUCAUGAAAUUACUUCGAAAAAAAAUAACAUUUAAGCAAUUAACAAAGUAAAUUUAAAAUUUGUGAUAAUUUUGGGGAAAAAACUUAAAAAGGAAGUGUAUUGAGAUAAUGAUAAUAUUUCAUUUAUUUACUCGAUAAAUAUAAUACUUAAUUAUCUUACUAUUUCAUUAAUUUAAAUUUUAUGAAAGAAAAAUAGAUAUUGAUAAUUUCAUUAUUUUAAUAUAAUUAUAUUUAAGAAUUUUUAGUAAUACAUGCAUUAUGAGAACAAAAAUUAAAGUACUACUCCUUCCGUAUCACUUUAAAUGGUGUUUAGAGAAAAAAAAUUGUUUCAAAAAAAAAUUGAUGUUCUCAUUAUUCUAGAUAAAAUUUAAUAUCAUUUAAAUUUUGUUACCAAUUGCAAAAUACUGAUUUUUUUCUUAUUAGUUGAAUUAAUUUCAUUUAAUGAUAUUUUUAUGUAACCAAGAUAAAUUGUAUAGAAGUUUGUAUUUUCUUAAUUUAAGUGCAAAAACCUUAAAAAUCACUUAAAGUGCUAAAAAGGGAGUAAUAAUUUAUAGGGAAAAUUGGAUAAAUAGGACACUUUGAACUUGGAUUUGUCACAUUAGGAUUUCUAGAAGAUAUUUUAGGAAAAUAGGAUUUUAGAUCUUGUAAAAUACCAAAGUACCCUUAAUUUACCAAUUAUGUUGAAUUUAAAUUAUAAAUUAUAAUAAUUUUCGUAAUAGAUUUUAAUGUUAAAAUUAAAAUCUAUAAAAAUUAAAAAAUAAAAAAAACACUAAAUGGGAAAAAAGGAGACGCGGGAUGCCGCAAACCUAAUUCCCCUUUCUCUUUGUCUUCUCCGUCGUAGACUCGUCGCUCUCCCACGGCGAUUUAGGGUUCAACGGUGAGAAGCUCUGUUCUUCGUCGGUGUUUCAUCAGCCCGUGGUCUCUACUCUCGUCUCCGUCACCAUCCUUUUCGAUCUCACUGAAGACACAACGGCUGCGAAUCGUUCUUCCUCUUCGUCGGGUCAAAUCGAUUUUCGAAGUGUUCUUCCAUCAAUUUCGCCUCUCAAUCUCACAAUUCUUCACAGAAGGUAUUGGAUUUCAUCUAUAGAUUCUCAUAUUAAACGAAAUCGAAGUGUUCUUCCAUUAAAGCUUGAUUUUUUUUUAAAAUGAUUUGCCGUGUUUCUUAAAAUAAUUUUGUUUCACGGAUUGGUUGAUAUUAUUGAAACCUUUACAUGUGUGAUGAUAUUGAAACCUUUACAUGUUGAACUAAUAAUUUUGUCACGGUUUGUAGCUAUGUCUGAGGAGCUACCGAAGAGGCUUUUUAAGGAGGGCGAGGAGCCCCGAGUUACUCAGAUCAACAACAACUGCAGGAUCGACUACAUAAUCCGAAAGUUCCAAGCGUGGCUGCCAAAGGAGUUGGAUGUCGUGAAGAAAGACCCGGUUUUUCAUCAGAUUUUUAAGCUCCAUGAGAAUGGUCUUGGAUACUCUGCGAGGGUGAUACACAGCUUCUUGUGUAGGGAGCUGGUGACUUUCUUACAGCACGAGCUAUGGUUUGUCUUUGCGAGGAGACCGCUUCGAUUCUCAUUGCAAGAGUUCCACGCCGUAACCGGGUUUGAAUGCGAUACUCACAUUUCGAUUGAGGAGUUUGAAGAGUGGAAAUAUGAUGGUGGUUUCUGGAGCAAGGUUUUGAGGAGAAAAGAUGGAACAAUUACACUCUUCAACCUGUGGACUAAGGACAAGGAAGCUGUAAAGAAAUGGAAGAAUGCAGAUCGCAUACGUCUUAUCUACUUGGCGAUCAUUCUUUGUGUGGUAUUGGCGAGAGAUGAGAAGGCUAAUAUCCCCCUGAAGUACAUCGCGGUGGUCAUGGAUCUUGACAGAGUUCGAAGGUAUCCUUGGGGAGUUGCUGCUUAUGACCUUCUCUGCAAAUCCAUAGCCAAAAAUCGUUCCCAACUGAAGGAAAAGACCACUAGCUAUGUCUUGGAUGGCUUCUCAUACGCCUUGCAGAUUUGGGCAAUGGAAGCGGUGCCAAAAAUCGGGAAGCUUUGUGGAAAAAAGCUGGAUAAGGGUUUCAAGGACGGUCCUAGAUGCAUAAACUGGAUGGGAGCUGCGAAGGUGUCAUAUGAGGAGAUCAUUCGCUUGGAGGAGAUUAUUACACCCAAGGAUGACAUCUACCCAUACAUCUCAUGGACAGGAAAUUAUGAUGUUGUCAAAGCUCAGGCGUUUCGCAGAGAUGAUGAUGUGGAGGAUGACAGAAUCAAGGUUCUGAUGGAGAUGAUAAAGAAGGGGCAUGAUUUUAGUGAGCAUGUUUGGGAAACUGAAGAAAAUGAAGUGAUUUCUUUAUCUCUCGAUGACGAAUCAGCUGUGAAUGAUGAAGCAAGCGUGAAUGUUGAAGCAGCCGAGAGUGAUGACGACUUUCAGACUCCGAAAGGAUCAAAAAACGUUGGUUCUAGAUCAAAGAGGGGUAAAAAGAGGCUUCCCGAUCGUGGUAUGGAGAAGAGAAAGCAUAAGGUUCUCGCAAGUGGCGCAAAGCAAGCUCCUUUUAAUGAAGACAUGAAGGCUUUUAUGACACAGUUGUUUGAGCACAACUUCUCUGGAAUGGAACAAAGGAUACAGAAACAGAUGGCCGAGACAUUUGAGCAGAUGCGGACAGAGCUUAAACAAUCACGUAAGGAAGCCAGCGUUGAAGUUGAGCUUGGAGAGCCUUCACCGACAAAGCCAUCGACGAGCCAGGCACCGUUGAGGAGGUCCACACGCGGGGAUGGUUCCGAGACUACAUUCGAUGUGAAUUAUAGUGAAGCAGAUGAUUUGGGUCGCGGGAUAGGUACACAAGGGGUUGAAGGGCUUUCUCAGACGUCGUAUGUGCCAGGCUUUGAUCCAUCUCAGGACAAAAAAGAAGAAGACUGGUGGACUCCAAUGACUUCGGUCCGAGGUUCAGUGGAUAAUCCAGUAAAGAAAGAAAAGACAGAGAUGAAUACAGCUCCACCGCCGUCACAGUGGGAGAAAUGGUGCAAAAGAAAAGGUCAUGGACUUCAGCUUAGCGAUUCACCAUUGCCAGAAGAUGCUUCUCCGCAGGCGUCACUUUAUUAUAUCUCCGAAGAGUCAUGGAAAGGAUUCACGGAAUGGGCAUUAAAGCCUAUACCUUUAACAAUUGGUCCUACAUGCUUUAAUUUGUCUGUAGCUACAAGAGUAGUAAGUGCUGGAAAAUGGCUUGGAAACGAGGUAAUGAAUCUUGUACUAACCUUUAGUGAAUUUAUCUUCCUAACACUUCUUAUAUGCUAUAUUACUUAACUUUCAUUGUAAAUUUUUAGGAGAUGGAUGCGGUUAUGUUUAUAUGGCGUGUGAACACUACAUUGAAUCGUUGGGCCCCUCGGCGUGUUGCUUUCAUGAGUGCUAUGUUUUGCCUCCAAGUAGACGCUGCAUACAAGAAGUUUUUACCAAACAAAAAAGCCUAUCAAUUGCCUGAUUUCCUUCUUGGGUACGGCAGAGGAGAGCUUCCAUCUCAUGGGCGGACUGAUCUAGUUUGGGGUGUUGAUGUUGAUCGACUCUACUUUCCUCUGUUUGUAAAUGGUAACCAUUCAGUUCUUUUUACAUCCUAGUAUACAUUUCUUCGUUUACAAAUUUUUGUGGACACGAACGCAGGUAAUCACUGGGUUGGUGUCUGUGUAAACAUCAUUGAAAGAAAAGUAGAAGUCUUUGAUUGCGGUCGGGGAAAGAACAGACAGUACGUUGAGAAGUUUGCUGCUAUCAUUCCUAGGAUUGUGAAGUCCGUUGCACCACAAGAAAGACAGAAGCAGCUACUCCUCUCAUCAUAUUCUAUCGUGGAUGUGCCUAUGAAGUUGAGAUUGAAUAAAAGUUGUUGUGAUUGCGGUGCAUACGCUUUGAAGCACUUGGAAUGCUCGCUGCUUGGUCUUGACGUCAGUUUAGUGGAUGAUGAAAUCAUUAUGGGUUGUAGACAGAAGAUUGGAGUGGACUUAUGGGAGGCUGCACACGACCCCAUCUUUGCUGAGGUUAUGACACGAUAU